UUAAAUCGAAAGUAGGAAUUAAAAAAGAGAAAAAGAAACAGAAUGCGAAACAAAACAUGGGCGAAUCUAACAAGGAAAGAAAGUCGAAGGCUGGUCGUAUGCUGGUAGCCGCCAUCGAUUUUGGAACCACUUAUUCUGGUUAUGCCUACUCAUUCAAAGACAACUGGGCAAAAGUUCUUACUAACAACUGGUCUGGAGGGGAACAAUUGUCGUACAAGGCUCCCACUGCGCUUUUACUCAAACCUGAUAAAUCCUUCAAGGCCUUUGGGUUUGAGGCAGAAAACUGCUAUGCUAAUCUGACUACAGAAGAGGAUGGCACUUGCAAAGAUUAUUACUUUUUCCAACGGUUCAAGUUGAUUCUAAAAACAGAACUGGAAGAGCGUGUUCACAGAACAACACAAUGUAAGGAUAUACGUGGGAAAACUGUGGAUGGAAUGUUGGUAUUCACGCAUUCGAUGGAAUAUUUGAAAAAUCAUAUGCUGAAGGCAUUAAACAAAUCUCAUGCAUUCGAAAUCAAGAUCACAGACAUCGACUUCGUUAUAACAGUGCCAGCAAUAUGGGACGACACGGCUAAAAUGUUUAUGAGAGAAGCUGCUGAAAAGGCCGGGAUACCUGGAAACCAGCUACUAUUUGCCUUGGAACCUGAGGCCGCGUCUAUCUACUGUCAGUUGAUGUAUCUGGAACCUCAGAACGAUUCCAGCUUUCGUAUCACAGAAACAGACACUGAUGCAAAGUAUAUGGUUGUGGAUCUUGGAGGUGGAACAGCAGAUAUCACCUUACAUCAACUUCAGAAGACAGGUACAAUCGUGGAAUUGACCCCAGCGUCCGGAGGACUAUGGGGUGGAACACGUAUAGAUAAAGCUUUUGAGGGUUUUCUUCAAGAUUUAUUUGGCAAAACUUCGAUGGAAAAAUUUCAAACUGAGGAUGAUUAUGCCGAAGAUUAUUUUGACUUUUGGCAGGGAUUUGAGGUCAAAAAAAGAGGAUUUGAUUUUGACAAGGAGACAGAAAAUGUCCAUAUACGUAUUCCAAUGGGAUUGACAAACAUCGCGAAAAAAGUCCACAGUGAGCGAGAUGUCAAUAAAAUAAUAGAAAAAUCGAAAUUGAAAGGAAAGGGAAUCAGAUUUGAAGCUGGAAAAAUACACAUGCAAACAACAAUAAUGAAGAAAAUUUUUCAAUCAACUGUAGAUGAUAUUGUUAAACAUCUUAGAACACUCAUCGAAAACGCUGGAAAAGACUUAAGAGUGAUUCUAAUGGUAGGGGGGUUUUCAGAAUGUUCUCUUGUUCAAAACUGUGUUCGUCAAACAUUUGAAAUCAAGGACAAACGUCGGGUUAUAACACCAAAUCAAUGUGGACUGGCGGUUUUAAAAGGUGCAGUGUAUUUCGGACAUCAUCCAGAAUUGAUAUCGGAGCGUGUAGCAAGAUACACCUACGGGAUCCAAAUAUGGCCAAAAUUUAUCCAAGGAGAACAUAAAGAAGCAAAGCGGGAUGUCAGAGGUUCCGAAGACAGGUGUAAAGACGUAUUCUUUAAGUUCGUUACCAAGGGAGACCGAUUAAAAGCAGGAUUCAUUAAAAGUCACAUUUUCAGGGCAUUGAAAUCAGCCGAUGGUGACCUAGAAUGUGGCAUUUUCAUCUCUAACAAAGAAAAUCCUAAAUAUGUUGACGAGGAUGGUUGUGAAAAACUAGGAGUCCUAAAAAUUGACGUAGAAAGAGGGACAGAAGUCGAGGAGUCUCUAAUUUUUGGACACACAGAGCUACAUGCAAAGGCCUGUAACUGCUCAACGAAAAAGGAAUACAGCGUCACUUUUGAUUUGUUGUCUGAGAAAAUCAAAUAUCCUUCAAAAACUAAAACCUAGACACAAGGAUGUCUGAAAGCUUGCUGUGAUAAGUUCGACAAGAAUAGAAUAAGCAUUAUCAUUAGACCCCGUACAUUUAAAGCGUAAUUACAACAAAAUUUCGAAUUUUAAGUUGUUUUUCCUAUACUUUAAAGCCACUUGGUCCGAUUCUAAUCGCUAAAAAUAUAUUUCCGUUUUUCUUCUUGAAAAAUAAUUGUACAUAAAUUGUUUCAACUUUUGUCUUUUUUCCUUUAAAAGAUAUCAAAAUUCAAAAGUUAAAAAAUUGUUAGGUCACACAAAAAAUAAUCCUAUGUUGAUCAAUGUUGAUUUCGCGUGAAAUCACCUUCGAAAAAUUAAAUUUAUCGCUUAAAUGUUUAUCUCAUGAAGAACAAACCCGAGCAUUUUUUUUCACAACAAAGUACAUAUAUAUUACCUGUACACGGACAAUAUUUUAGCUCCUUUAAAAAAUCAUUUAAAAUAUCUGAUUUUCCUUUAUUCUUUUAAUAUGCAUGUUAAUAUAAAAAUUACUAUGGAUUAUAUUCAAUUAAUCUCUUAAUUUUGAAAAGAUGUAUUAUGACUAAGGCUUCUACUAAUAAAGAAAAAAAAUACUCGGGUUUGAAUUAUCUUCAUUAUUAGAUAUAUCCGAUAAACUUAUUUUUUUCAAAAUUGACUUCACGACAGAUCUGAACUUUCGCCAGGAACUACUGUGUGUCAAUAAGGUUUUUAAUCUGCGUUUUCCAUGUAAGGAUUGUUGUAAUAAACUUUUAAAUCAAUCUUAUAAUUUAUUUUUAUAUAUUAUCUAUGUAAUGACGUACUUUUAUUGUGUAAGUUAAUAUGUGCCUGUUUCGGGUUAAGCGACUUUAAACAUAAUUCACUGAAUAAUACAAUAAGCAUUGGGCACUAGGAAAGGCCUAUGAACACCAUCUCCUUGUAUAAUAGGUCAAGAUUCAAUAGUCAGAAAGAGAAAGGACGUUCUAAGUAUUUAAGUACUUGUGUCCAAUCCUUUUGUUGUAACAUCUUAACAAUAAAAUAUGUUCAAACCAGUCAGUAAUUAUACAUGUACAUGAUAAUAAAAGAUUAUAAUGAAAAAUAAAGAUUCACAAUUAAGUAUUAUUCAUUAAUAUUAUAUUAAAUUUAAAAAAAGGUGACAACCUCCUAACUGAAUUCAAACUAUUUACACACUGUUCCAGCAUAA